AUGUAUUUAGUCUACAUGCCAUGUGUACACACGUACAUAAUGUGCGUUACUGGUAUAUUAUGCGUGCGAGACCGAAAUCGUAUCGUAUUUCUAGGGUGUUCCGGUGUGCCGCCCAUCCAACUCCGCCGACCGCUGGCAGGGACAGAUGUUGCCAGGUUCCAUCGUCGAAACGGCUAUAUAGUGUUAUAUGUGCCGAGGCGCCUCGACAUCCGAUUCUGUUGCAGCCGACCAGACUCGAUUGUCCGAGCCGAGCUGCACAUCGCCGUCGACGAUAUACAGGAAACCGACACUUGUUCAGGUAUAAGAUGUCCUCGGUCGGCGUCUAGUUGA